GCACAUACGCAGCAUAGCAGCGUCGACAUAACUGGCUAUUCGUGAUUCUGUCUCACGUGGAAAGGAUAGAAACCAUGGCGGAAACUGUUGGAUUCAUCGGACUGGGCAUCAUGGGCCAGGGAAUGGCUUCCAACCUGGCGAAAGCCGGCGCGAAGGUGGUGGUGUGGAACCGUAGCGAGGGCAAGCGGUCGGCGUUCGUCGCCGAGCACGAGGGAUGUUCCGCCGCAGCCACCCCGAAGGAGGUCGUGGAAUCGUGCGAGCUAACCUACCUCAUGCUCUCUGACCUCGAGGCUUCUAAGUCCGUGUACGAGGGCGAGGACGGGGUGUUGGCCGGAGUGUCGAAAGGAAAGUGCCUCGUCGACUGUGCCACCCUCACGCCAGAACACAUGACGAGCCUCUCGGAGCGUGUCCAGGCGAAGGGCGGCGUUUUCCUCGAGGCUCCCGUGUCGGGCAGCAAGGGCCAGGCCGCUGGGGGUACCUUGAUUUUCCUCUGCGGUGGAGAUGAGGCUCUGUUCGACCGGGUGAAGGGAUCGAUGGAGGGGGACGGGGUCACGAUGGGGAAGGCAGCGCACUACCUCGGGGCUGUCGGUACGGGCUCCAAGAUGAAGCUGGUCGUGAACAUGACCAUGGGCACCAUGAUGAACAGCUUGACGGAGGGAAUCGCGCUUGCCCAGGCGGCGGACCUUCCGGCAGACAAGCUUCUGACGGUGCUGGACCAAGGGGCGAUGUCCAACCCAAUGUUCAGAAUGAAGGGCCAGUUCAUCCUCGAUGGAAAGUUCGACCCGGCCUUCCCGCUCAAGCACGCACAAAAGGACAUGCGCUUCGCCGUGGCUUUGGGAGACUGCUUGGGACUGCCUCUUCCGGUGGCGUCGGCUGCCAACGAGCAGUUCAAGCGCGCGCGGCCGGAGCACGGCGACGAGGACUUCUGCGCCGUUUUCGCCGCGUCCAAGAAAUGAACUCUACGAUAUAGACUAUUCAUUUUCACUUGACAAGGGAACAUGAUAAGAGAGUGUUCUCCGUCGGUCCUUCCUUCUAGUUGGGUGGUUUGUAGUGGCAUGGUGAUUCUCUGGGCUUGUUCUUCUCGUUAUUGUUGUUGAGGUUUGGUGUUCGGCGUGCUGUUCCUCGUAAAUGUUGCAUGUUCGUGGGGUACUGCAUGAAAUUGCUAGAAUCUUUCUGUUGUUGGGGGUAAACCGAGGGCCUACAACCAGUAGUGCUGAUUGGAAUAUUUGCCAGUCCAUGCGCCGCGGUGGGCAAGGAGGUGCCUUUCAUUUUUCUUGUUUCCCUACUGCUGUAGUACGGUUUGCGAAGAAGUCGGAUGAGAAUUGAGGUUCGUUUUGAUGUUUAUCAUGUUCAGCAGGAAGUUGAGCGGGCCCUCGUCGGUCUGGGUGCCUUCUUGAGUCGUCAACAACAUCACGUAUCAGCGGUCAAAACGGAAUAUAGAGAAUGCCGAGUCCGUGUGGCGGGCACCGACCAAAAGGCGCAUCUAUGGCUUGUUGGAUGUGAAGCCAUUCGAUAAUUCGUCGGAAAAAAUGGCGUGUCGGCGUAGCCUCAAAUCCUCACCGGCACAUGGUGGGU